AGUGGCUUGCUCCCACGGACGCACAGAGGCUCCUCACAGCAGCAUCACUACAGCAGCACGGGGUCCAACUCACAGGUGUUUUUCUCCGCUGCUGUUUGACAAAUCUGGCACCAGAACUAGGCUUCUAGGUUUUUUUUUCUGAAAUUAAAAGCACCGGGUCGAUCACCGGGAGAGGAAUUCAACAAACACACCCGAGGGAUUAACGGGAUUUGUACUUGGAGGAUGUGUGGUAUGGACGUGGACCUGGACGAUGGAGGUUCAGGAGAGGAGGAGAAAGAGGAGGAGUUCUGGAUCGGGGAGGGAGUGAAGAUGCUGCCCCCUCCCGUGGCCCACAGCGGGGGCAGCGCGUGGGGAAGCCGCAGGGGCAGGUGCGGCUGCGUGGCCUGCGGGGCAGGUCUCAUCCUCUGGAACCUGUGCGUCGUCUUGACCAGCACUCUGCUCCUGGCUGUGGUCUUCUCUGUGGUGCUGCUGCCUGCAGUGCUGCUGCUGUACAUCGGUUUCCUCUGCCACUCCAGGGUCCUUGACUCCCCCUCGGCCAUCUGCCGUUACCUUGACGACAACAGCUGCUCCGCCCUCAUCAUCCUGGGCUUUGUGAUGAUGUCACCGCUGGUGGUUGUGGCAGCCGCCGUCUUUUGCGGGCUGCUCCGAAGGUUUCGACUCCUGCUUCUCAUUCAGCCAAUCUCACGUGCUUGGUACCGAGGGCGACUGCUGGACUGGGCGGGCAGCAUCCACGCCUGGGUCUGAUCGAGACGAAACCAGAAGGGGGAUCAGAAAGUUGGAUUAGUGUAAAAUAACCAGAGAGAUACAAGGGGUAGACAAAAUAACAGAAACACCUCGCAGUGUAAUCAAUACAAUAGUGCAACAAUAAAUCCUACCUUUGUUAUGAUGCUCAGUUUUGUCGAAAUUGUGUUAGAGAAAUGCUGACUCAACAAGAUCUAGUCUGACGUGGGGAAUAUGCUAAUUCACUGUCUAGAUGAGAAGAUCGAUACCACGGUCAUGCCUGUUUGGUAAAAAUUAUGCUACAACCAGCAGCCAGUUAGCUUAGCUUAGCACAAAGACUGGAAGCAGAGGAAACAGCUGUCCAAUCUAGGGCUUACUAAUUAACACAUUAUAUCUCGUGUCUCAUGAAUGUACUAUGGGAACAACAAACAUGGCUUAAAUACAGCUGCCUUCUGGGGUUUGAUGGUCCAUUGGACAUGGGAAGUAGGAAUUUUCCGAGUUCCAAGUCGGAAAUUUCAACAACAACACCUCUUAAGUAAUUUCAGACUCGGAAAUUUCGAGAGAACCCACAGACGUAUAUUACUGGACAAAGCCACUCUGCGGAUUUGAAUGGAAAGCAGUGAAGCCAGUUUUGGCCCUAUGAGAUAUUACUACAGGGCUACUUCCUGUUGGCACCAGCCUCUACUGCGCAUUAUUGCGCAGCAUAAGCAUGGUUUAAUGACAUAGAGUAACAGCAGAAACAAUUCUGGUAGCUGCAUUGCUGCACCAACUAAAGUCUUCACGCUCAGUGUGUUUGUCUGACUCUGAUCGUCACUGUUUAAUCCGCCCACCUACAGGACUCACCUGCCUAACUCCAACGUAGUGUCACUGAUGGCCGAAUAGUUUUUUUAAGACUUGCAGAAAGCUUGUAAUCUAACCAAUACGGUUACAUCUCUCAUUUUGACGGCGUGUCGCAGGGUAAGUGGGCUUACAUGGAACCCAUCCUUGAAGGCUAUGGUCGGCUUCACUGUUCGAUUUCUGGCUUACCCUCUUUGGAGAACCUUAUCAGCUAUAGUAAUAUACUGUUUAUCACACCUCUGUCUGAAGUCUGGAGUUAGAGCGGGUUGCCCACAAGAUCACUGGUUCAAUCACCGGGUUCUCCAGGCUCCAUGUCAAAGUUUCCUUGGGCAAGACACUGAACCAUCGCUGUUCCAUCAGUGUAUGAAUGUGUAUGAAUGGGUGAAUGUGAUGUAGUGUAACAGCGCUUUGAGUGGUCAGAAGACUAGAAAGACGCUAUACAAAUACAGAGCAUUUACAUUCCCAGCUCCAGCAUCCGACUUCCGAGGGAAAUGGAACACACCAAAAGCUUUUUGCCACAGGAGAUUUACCGGGUCUGGCCACUGGGACAAAUUGGUGGCAAGGCUGAGUGCCAGCUCUCUUUAUUCAUCCAUGGUUUUGUGUCAUGGUUGUUAGUGCCAACUAUCUCUUGGUUAGGCAGAGUAACCUACUUGAGUCUCUGCUGGUUGCCUGGCCACCUCGUCGAAAUUGUUGUAGCACUUAACCCUACUGUAAAACCGCAAUGUUUUGACUUUGUACGGGUUAAACAAAGGAGACAAAACUUGUUCAUUUGUGAGCUUCAGAAGUGCUGGUAGAUGGAUUUUGUUACUUUUGGACAGAGCCAGGCUAGCUGUUACCCCCUGUUUCCAGUCUUUAUGCUAAGGUAAGCUAAUCACUUCCUGUGACUCUACUCAAUGGACAGAUAUAAGAGCUGUGUGCAAAUAAGUGAAAGAAAAGCAAAUAAGUGUAUUUUCUAAAAUAUCUAACCAUUCCUUCAUUGGCAAGUUGUGUAGUGUUGUUGUACCGGGUUGCGUACUGAAAAGUAUCUUGAUUAUUUUGUCUACCCCCUCACUAUAGGUCAUUUUGUUGAGAACAAUACAAUAAGAUUGUGCUUAAGUUCAUUGUAGCAAUUUCCAUCUCAGUGUUAUUUGUCUUUAUUUUAGAAACUGAAGAAUUUUCAGUGAUUUGUGGAGUGACGUUUUUGUGCACUUUAACCUUGCAUACAAAGAUCCCAAAACAUAUUGUGCACCCAUUUGAUCAACAGGAACAAAAUGCAUGUUGGGAGAGGCCAAAAAUGCUAUUCAAGUCCUUUUUUUGUCAAAUGAAGGAUAAAUGUGGGAUUUUCAAUCAAUAUUGUAAUAUCACGAUGACUUUAAGGCAGGCAAGCCUCAAAGGAAGUUAAAUUUUUUGGAUAGUUUGAAGAGAGUAACAUGUCAUGGUAGCAUAUUAUAGUAAUAUUCAAUUCGAUUUUGUGUAUAAAACUAAUAUUUUUUUGAUUUUGUAUUGCUUGUUUGCUAACUAUGUUGCUCUGAAAUAUAUUGUUGUAAAGUUAUUUGUGGUUGCACAUUAAAAGUCUAGCAAAAAGUCAAAACACAAUUACAAACUUUAGAUUUGUUGAUCUGUUUUGAGUUAAUCAUGGUCCAUGUGUGUUGGACUCAAUUCCCUCGGGAACUGAAAAACAGGGUUUAUAAUGUAAAAUGUAUGGUAAAACGCAGCACACAAGGACUAUUGUCUGUGAGGUGAAUUAAAUGGACAAUGAUGAAGUUUAUCUGAUGUAGCUUCAUUACUAGUCAUGUCUUAUGGGAGGGCAGGAGUAAUGUGAAACAUAUUUCAUCUAAAUGGAUCUUUUAGAUCACAUCGCACAAUAAAAAAAACACACCCUUCCUUAUAAAAACACCACAAGCUGACAGUACGACAAAGCAAUGAUUGUUUGGUGGAGCCAGGUGUUAAAGUUGGAUUCGAAUCAUCAGACCAGGAGCUCAUCCUGCUGCCUCUUUGCUUUCUGGUCAUUUAAAUUCAUCAGUGACACACACAGCGCACAUCCUUUUUAUCUGUGUGUCUCCGCUCCGUAAUUAAGAGUUCAGAUUUGAGUUGCCUUUCUCAGAAGAAAGCCUUGAAUCAUAUUUUAUGGGGAGUAGUUAUUACUUGUCCUGUGCCAUUUUUAUCAUACUGAAAUAUAUUUGUUUUCUACUUAAACAUAUUUAUUUGUGUGUUUUGUCUGUGUCUGUUUACGUCAGUCCUGUUACUAACACUCCAUUGUUUGUAUGCUGUUUGAUUACAACAACAAAGCCCUUUGAGUUCCAGUAUUUUAGAGAAAUGUAAAGGAAAAGGGUGAGAUGUAUUUGUUUUUAUUUAUGCUGUAUUGUGAUCACACUUGGCUAAUCGGGGGUUUAUAUUUUGUUCAGCUUUUUGUUUCUGUGUUAUCAACAAAACCGCAACAGGUUGUCCCGUUCAGACCUCCAUUCAAUAAAAAGAGGGCUCCCCCCCC